CUCGAGAUCCCGUGGAGCAGCCGCUGUCCCGAAGCAAAACGACGCUCCUCGCUGCACUCUUCGGUCGUUCACGGACCUAGAGUGUUCGUUCUAUUCGAGCGGUGUGUAGUCAGCGUGUGUUCUCUGCGAUUUAAUCGACGUGUUGUCGGUGAGAAUCAGUGCGAUCAAGGAAAACAGGAUCAGGAUGUGGCGCGAUCCUCCAGGCGGAGGGUUUAAAAUACCCUCCUGUAUUGCAACGAUGCUUCUCUUGGCUAUCUUGGGAUUGACGAACGUGGCUUACGCUGAGGAUGCUUCCAUGGGACCGGUAUUUGUCAAGGAACCACCAAACCGAGUUGACUUCUCAAAUGGAACCGGAGCUGUCGUCGAAUGCCAGGCUAGAGGAAACCCCCAACCGGAUAUUAUCUGGGUUCGCGCCGACGGAAGUGCUGUAGGGGACGUUCCGGGACUUCGUCAGGUCUUGCCGAAUGGAAACUUGGUAUUCCCACCCUUCCGCGCCGAAGAUUACCGUCAGGAAGUUCAUGCUCAGGUUUACAGCUGUUUGGCACAAUCACCAGCAGGAUCAGUUCAUAGCCGAGACGUUAACGUGAGAGCCGUGGUGCACCAGUAUUAUCAGUCCGAAGUCAACAACGAGUACGUAAUUCGCGGCAACGCGGCGAUUCUCAAGUGCAGCAUACCCAGCUUUGUCGCGGAGUUCGUUCAAGUGGUCGGCUGGCAGGACGACCAAGGAAACUUUUUUAAUCCGGACGAAAAGAAAGUGGUCGCCCAAUACUUUGAGGUUCAAGUUUACGAUCAGUUCGCGAUACGCGGGAACGCGGCAAUUUUCAAGUGUCAGGUACCAUCGUUUGUCGCCGACCACGUGGACGUGGUGGGCUGGAUCGAUUCGAACGGCGGCAGUUACAUGGCCGAUGGACAAUCAUACGACGGAAAAUACUUGGUACUGCCUUCUGGAGAACUACAUAUCCGUGACGUUGGACCUGAAGAUGGAUACAAGACUUACCAAUGCCGUACCAAGCAUAGACUUACCGGAGAAACAAGACUGUCUGCUACCAAGGGACGACUCGUCAUUACCGAACCCGUGGGCAGCGUUCGUCCGAAGAUUCCCUCGACGGACGACAUACGUGGAUUCAGGACGUUGGUGAACGGAUCACAAGCUUUGAUUUGUCCUGCACAGGGGUUCCCCGUUCCCUCAAACAGAUGGUACAAGUUCAUCGAGGGCUCAUCACGUCGUCAACCAGUCCAAUUAAAUGAGCGCGUCCGUCAAGUUAGUGGAACUCUGAUCAUCCGUGAGGCUCGCGUUGAAGAUUCCGGCAAAUACCUCUGCAUUGUGAACAACUCCGUGGGUGGCGAAAGCGUUGAAACCGUACUGACUGUGACUGCUCCAUUGGCCGCGGAAAUCGAACCCAGCACUCAGACUAUUGACUUCGGCAGACCAGCAACCUUCACUUGCAACGUUCGAGGAAACCCCAUUAAGACAAUUUCAUGGCUGAAGGAUGGCAAGCCCCUUGGAUUGGAGGAAGCAGUGCUCAGAAUUGAAAGUGUUAAGAAAGAGGACAAAGGAAUGUACCAAUGCUUUGUUAGAAAUGACCAGGAAAGCGCACAGGCAACGGCUGAACUGAAACUUGGUGGAAGAUUCGAGCCCCCACAAAUUCGUCAGGCAUUCUCCGAAGAGACUCUCCAGCCCGGACCCAGCAUGUUCUUGAAAUGUGUCGCCAGUGGCAACCCAACACCUGAGAUCACCUGGGAACUCGACGGCAAACGACUCUCCAACACGGACAGGCUUCAGGUCGGACAGUACGUUACUGUGAACGGCGACGUGGUAUCUCAUCUGAACAUCUCCAGCAUUCACACCAACGAUGGCGGACUCUACAAGUGCAUUGCAGCAUCGAAGGUUGGAUCCGCGGAACACUCGGCCCGAUUGAAUGUCUACGGUCUCCCCUUCAUCCGCCACAUGGACAAAAAGGCUAUCGUCGCUGGUGAGACUCUUCGCGUGACCUGCCCAGUCGCCGGAUAUCCGAUCGAAAGCAUCGUAUGGGAACGAGACACCAGAGUUCUGCCGAUCAACAGGAAGCAGAAGGUCUUCCCCAAUGGCACGCUUAUCAUCGAGAACGUCGAGAGAAUGAGUGAUCAGGCAACGUACACGUGUGUCGCAAGGAACGCCCAAGGUUACAGCGCUAGAGGAACGCUCGAAGUCCAAGUCAUGGUUGGACCACAGCUUCUACCGAUCGCGUUCAAUGCCGAGGUUGCCAACUCUGGGGACUCCGUAUCCGUGCCAUGCUCGAUCUUGAAGGGUGACAUGCCCAUGGACAUCACGUGGUCGUUCAACGGUGUGCCAAUCGACAACUCGAAAGAAUCUAGUAUCACGAUCACCAGAAUCAGCAAACAUCUGAGCACCCUUAGCAUUGACGGCGUCUCAGCAAGACACGCCGGAGAGUACGUCUGCUCCGCAUCGAAUCUUGCCGGUUCCGUCAGUCGAUCAGCGACCUUAACGGUGAACGUACCUCCCCGCUGGAUUCUGGAACCUACCGAUAAGGCAUUUGCUCAGGGAUCUGAUGCACGAGUUGAAUGCAAAGCCGACGGUUUCCCCAAGCCUCAAGUCACAUGGAAAAGAGCUGCUGGGGAUACACCGGGUGAUUACACGGACUUGAAACUUAGCAACCCUGACAUUACCGUUGAGGAUGGAACUCUUUCCAUUAACAACAUUCAGAAGACAAACGAGGGCUAUUAUCUUUGCGAGGCUGUAAACGGAAUUGGUUCAGGACUUUCGGCUGUCAUUCUCAUCUCAGUUCAGGCACCACCCCACUUUGAGAUUAAGUUGAAGAACCAAACUGCACGACGAGGAGAACCAGCUGUAUUGCAAUGCGAGGCACAAGGAGAGAAACCCAUUGGCAUUUUGUGGAACAUGAAUAACAAGAGAUUGGACCCGAAGAGCGAUUCCCGUUACACCAUCCGAGAGGAAAUCCUGGCUAAUGGAGUACUGUCUGACCUCAGCAUCAAGAGAACCGAGAGAAGCGACUCUGCUAUGUUCACCUGUGUUGCCACCAAUGCUUUUGGAAGCGAUGAUACAAGCAUCACCAUGAUCGUUCAAGAGGUUCCCGAAGUACCCUAUGCUCUUAAAGUAUUGGACAAAUCCGGACGUUCGGUUCAACUAUCCUGGGCAGCACCAUACGACGGAAACAGCCACAUCAAACGUUACGUCAUCGAAUACAAGAUCAGCAAGGGCUCCUGGGAUAUUGAUAUUGACAGAGUACUCGUACCUGGAUCGCAGCAGAACGUAGCCAGAGUUUUCAACCUGAAACCAGCCACCACUUAUCAUCUGAGAAUCGUUGCCGAAAACGAAAUUGGAGCGUCCCGUCCCUCUGACACCGUUACCAUAAUUACUGCCGAGGAAGCACCCACUGGACCACCAAACGCUGUUCGAGUUGAUGCCGUUGACCAACAUACUCUGAAGGUUACAUGGAAACCACCAACACGCGAAGACUGGAAUGGCGAGAUUCUUGGAUACUACGUUGGCUACAAACUCUCCUCCUCUGACAAACCCUACACCUACGAGACUGUUGAUUUCUCCAUGGAAGACGGCAAGGAACACCAUUUGCAGAUCACAAACCUGAAGACUUACACCCAGUACAGCGUUGUUGUUCAAGCCUUUAACAAAGUUGGGUCAGGACCAAUGAGCGACGAACGAAGACAGCACACUGCCGAAGGAGUACCUGAGGAACCGCCCCACGACACCACCUGCACCACCCUUACAUCUCAAACAAUCAGAGUUUCAUGGAUGUCGCCCCCACUCAGCGCUGCUAACGGAGUUAUUACUGGAUACAAAGUUAUUUAUGGACCAUCUGACACCUGGUAUGAUGAGAACACCAAGGAUACCAAGAUUACCCCCUCCAGUGAAACGAUUUUGCACGGGCUGAAGAAGUACACCAAUUACAGCAUGCAGGUUCUGGCUUUCACUUCUGGCGGCGACGGCGUAAAAUCUGCACCUAUCCACUGCCAAACUGAACAAGAUGCCCCUGAAGCACCCGUUGCGAUCAAAGCCCUGGUUAUGUCUCCGGAAUCGAUCCUCGUCUCGUGGCGCCCACCAAGCCAGCCGAAUGGAGUUAUCGCCCAGUACACCGUUUACACCAAGGCAGAAAACGCUGAGGAACCGACUAGCCAGAAAGUAUUGCCGAAUCAAUUGACUCACGAAGCUUCUAAAUUGGACAAACAACGCAGAUACAAUUUCUGGGUAACCGCUAGCACGAACAUUGGCGAGGGACAGGCUUCUAAGAUUGUAUCAUUGGCACCAAGCGUUAGAGUACCGGCAAAGAUCGCAUCGUUCGAUGAUAAGUUCACGGCUACCUACAAAGAAGACGUGAAACUGCCCUGCCUUGCUGUUGGAGUACCUGCACCGGAAGUGGUAUGGAAAGUACGUGGCGUUGUUCUCCAAUCAAGUGACAGACUGCGACAAUUGCCCGAAGGUUCUCUAUUCAUCAAAGAAGUUGACCGCACCGACGCCGGAGAAUACUCUUGCUACGUUGAAAACUCGUAUGGCCAUGAUACCGUCACCCACCAACUGGUUGUCCAUGCACCGCCUCACUCUCCAAAAGUCAGCCUCAGCGGUACAACGACUAACUCGCUGUCAAUGAAACUCCAACCUCAUCCGAACGACAAUGCCCCGAUUCAUGGUUACACGAUUCACUACAAACCCGAAUUCGGUGACUGGGAAACCGCACAAAUUAGCUCGACGGAUCAGGAACAUACACUGGAAAACUUGUGGUGCGGCUCGAGAUAUCAGAUCUAUGUCACUGCUUACAAUGGAAUUGGCACUGGCGACCCAUCCGACAUGUUGAACACUCGCACCAAAGGCUCGAAACCGAUCAUUCCCGAAGCGAUUAGAUUUAUUGAAGUAUCCACGAACAGCAUUACCCUUCACUUGAGCGCAUGGUCUGAUGGUGGCUGCCCGAUGCUAUAUUUCGUAGUUGAAGACAAGAAAAGACACCAGCAGGAAUGGAAUCAGGUCUCGAAUAAUGUAAAACCCGGUGGCAAUUUCGUCGUUUUGGAUUUGGACCCUGCUACCUGGUAUAAUUUGCGAGUGACUGCCCACAAUAACGCUGGUUUCGCCGUUGCUGAAUACGAUUUCGCUACUCUGACCGUAACCGGAGGUACGAUCGCACCCCCCGUACGCAACGGAGGUAACGACAACACGGACGUCAGACGUUAUUUCCCCUGGUUACCGAGUUGGCUUGACGUAAACGUGGUGGUGCCGGUCGGAGCUACGGUUGUAGUGAUUAUUGUAGGCAUUAUGGUGAUUUGCGUCGCACUGUCGAGAAGAACUCGAGGUCCGGAACAAACGCGGCUGCGAGGUAUCUCAUCAGCCGACGAGAAAUAUUACGAGGGACAAUAUGACGUGGUCUAUCAGCAAACCGGUGUUGGCGGAGCUACUCUUGACAAACGCAGGCCCGAUCUUCGUGAUGAACUCGGCUACAUCGCACCCCCGAACCGCAAACUCCCACCCGUACCCGGAUCCAACUAUAACACAUGCGAUCGCAUCAAGCGAGGUGGAACAGGUUCGAUAAGGAGUCACUCGACGUGGGAUCCGAGGCGACAUAUGUACGAGGAGUUGAAUCAUUACCCGCCGAACCGAAGAUGUCCACCGCCGCCGCGUAUGGGCAGUGCCGAGGCUCUAUCCCACAGAGGUAUGGAGGAUGAGAUUUGCCCGUACGCCACUUUCCACCUUCUUGGAUUCCGCGAGGAAAUGGACCCCAGCAAGGCUAUGCAAUUCCAGACUUUCCCCCACCCUGGCAAUGGACACUCUGGAACAAUGGGACCACCUGUUGGCCAUCCUACUAACAUGUCUGCUCACAGCCGCUCUGGAUCUCAAUCUAUGCCACGUCAAAACGGACGCUAUUCUCGUGUACCAUCCCAAGGAGGCGGCAGCGGAACCCACAACGUUUUCUCUCCUGAAUACGAUGACCCGGCAAAUUGCGCACCAGAAGAAGACCAAUACGGACAAUAUGGCGCACCCUAUGACCAUUACGGAUCUCGUGGCUCUGUCGGACGUCGCAGCGUAGGAUCGGCCCGCAACAUUCCCGUCUCUGGAUCACCGGAACCACCCCCACCACCACCAAGGAACCACGACCAAAACAACUCGAGCUUUAACGACAGCAAGGAGAGCAACGAAAUCAGCGAGGCAGAGUGUGAUCGCGACCAACUCGUGAACCGCAACUACGGCGUGAAUGCUCGCGGCAAGGACGGCAUGACCACCGAGGAGAUGCGUAAACUCAUAGAGAGGAAGCCAAACGAAGCCCCCGGUCGGCAAGCCAGCGCCAGCCACGGCGGUCACGGGGGACUCCUCACACCCUACGAUACUGUGGCAGUGUAAUCUGUAAAUCAUCUUCCGUGGUUUUCCGUCUCUCUCGUCGCCAGCAGCCGAAGACUCGAGAGAAGCGGAACAAAUGCACACGUUAACUCUUCCCCCCGUGUUGUCGUCGGUCCAAUUUACAACAAUUUAAAAUUUGAAUCAGCCGUAUCGUCGCGAGUCCGAUAGAUUUCAGGUCCAUGUCGCGUAAAGACGGGACGCUUCGUCGGAACGGUGCCGCGCCGAGAGAUCGACGUCACUGAUCGACGACGAUACCCGCUCCUCGAUGGGACCGUAUUCGUUCUUCGUCCGCGACCAUAUCGUUUACACCGGUUCUUGGCCUUUCACUUCUUUCGAUCUCGCGUUUUUUCUCAAUCGUUCAAAUCGCUCAUUUCUCGUUGCUCAAUCGUCAACCGGGCCAGAUGACGAAAACUGCCAAAUUGAUUGACUGCCGAACUGGACGAAGAGGGAGGGAACAUUUUAUUAGCGGGACGUGGUACCGUGUCGAUGGCACGCGAUAAGAUCCGACGUUGAUCUUUCGUGCGCAUAGAAGAUCUUGGGAUAACGAACAGACCCGGCAUAUUCGUGGACGUUGAAACGUGUGAUGGAACGUUCGGUUCGCGAUACGUGCUCUUAGGACGACGAAUUUUACAUUCACACGAUCACACACUUCCAUAAUUACAAAUACGAACACACACGUACAUACAUUCAUACGUAGCUACAUACAUAUAUACACAGAUGCACACACUCGGGGGUUUUCGCGAGACGUCCUAGGUUACGAUUGUCGCUUCCAAGCGCCACGAGUCACGGGAAUUAAACAUGAAAAUAAUAAUAUAUUAGUUACUCGCUUUUUUAAGUCAUGGUUGUGCCACACUGCCACACCCCGCAGGCAUAUGAUAUUAUACAUACAUACGUAUAUAAUGAUAUUAUACAUAUAUAAUACGAUUUAUAAUUUCGUAACGAAGGUUGUGUCCCCCUCUUUCGGUGAUCGACGAUCUUGAGUCUCGACGUCGCGGAGAGAGCAGGUUCUGGUAGCGCUGUUAGUCGCGACAGUGUUGCAGAGAGUGCGUCGUCGUUGUCGUCGUCGUAGCAGUAGUUAGGGAACACGCAAGAUCGCAUCGAUGCCGUGGUGGUCACCACCGUGAUGGCUUCUUCCGUCGCGCGAGUCGGAAUAACGAAAAUCUCGCGAAUCACCAAUCCGUAGGAAGAACGCGGCACACUGUUUCACGAACAUUGGUAAAACAUACGCUGCAACGAGAAUUUCAACUUUCUCUGUUAAACACGUAUACAUCCGAAAAAGGACACCACAAUGAGCUGCGAGAAAUUAACAAAUACACGCAAGCACUCACACUCACCACGCUCGUUGUCGAUUUCUAAUUGUCCUAUAUAAUAUUUAGUCCGCUGUACACACACAUAUAUUCCCGCAAGCUAAUCUCGAUCAAUUAACGUGAAUUUAACGAUAAUGCGACAAUGAUAUAAUGUAUAAGCAAUUCGAGCAACAAGUACCGAUUUAAACGUAAGUAGCUCUUAAGUCGGACGGAUAUGGUCGCGAGGUGCGCCGUUUCCCUUUCGUUGAACGGCGACGCGUCGAGCUCUUCGGAAGUCGAAAGAAAAUAGAAUCACGUAGCGCGUUUCGGCGAACACAAACGAGUAGGAGACGAUAAGUAGCGAGAAAUAAUCGAACAAUUAACCUCGAUUAGAAACCGAUCCUUCGCAUUCGCUCGACGCGUGGCGCCCGGAUACGGUUGUGGCGCGUGUCUCAUAGUUCGUUUUUAUGACAUCACUAUUUAGAUAUAUACAAAUAUAUAUAAAUAUAUAUAUGUAUACAUUGUCGUUCAUACACAUACGUUGUAAGUAGAUAUGUCUAGGUGUCGCAUUUAUUUGCCGAGGCGAUGCACGAGUGGUACACCAGUCGCGGGCGUCGCGGCCGAAGAAAUGUCGCGUUGUGGACGACGCGGCAGUGCCGGGGUGCUUUGGCCGUGAACGCAGAGAUUCUCUUUGAUCCUUUUCUCCGUUCAGUCGAGGAAAUUAUUGAACCCUCGCCAUUCGUAUCGCUGGCUAUGGCUCGGCUCGCCGACGCACUUUUUACUCAUCGAUGUGAUUUUAAAGGCUGCGCAAAGUCUCGUGUCUCGUGUAUGUGUUACGAUCGCGCUCUACCACUUUUAAAUGUAGCCAUAUCCAAGUCACCUUUUACUAUGCAAUAUCACGUUUUAACUCACGCGUGACACACGCGGAGCUUUUCGCUUCUGAAGCUUUUGGGAAUUUUGCGCGAUAAAAAAUGGAAAUGAAAAGAAAAUACGUAUGAAAAGAAUGAAAUCGAUAAAUGUAUAACUUAUUCGGUAUUAACUGUGCGUUCGACUGUCCCGUAGCGUGCACGCGACAGUCGACGAAAUUUAAUCUGCAAAACGAUAUAAGACGAAAUGAAACGUGAUGUCCGCGGUAUGUCGCAUAGCUUUCUUCUAUUUAUCCAUUUCUCUGGGGUGCAGUCACCCCAAAAAGGACUAUCUUCGUUAUGGUUUGUGUGAUCGAUCUGGAAUCGUUUUACUUCGCCAAGGGUUUUAACGUUACUUUUUCUUUGACGAUGCUGUGAACAAAACGGUCGGUGCCGCCGUCCGCGUUAUAUAUUAUACAUGUAUACAUAUUAUGCUUUAAUCCCGAUUGGAAAAAUAAUGGAUGUUCGUUUUUUUUCGUGCAACAAGCGGGGCGGUUCUUCGAGCUUCACCUUCGGCGGGGCGCGUAUCGUUCUCUGUUUCGGUUGCAAGCAGACUCGAGACGUUACGUCUAUUUGUACUCUUCUGUUGCGCUCUGCGCUCGCCUUUAAAUUGGCCGUAAGUUCACGUUCACGUACAACGAUACUCGUAUAUCUCCGCGUUCGUAGGGACUCGAGGAUCCGCUCGCGAAGUACACCGUUUCCUCAGUACCACUGUUUUAUGUUUUUGUACCAAAGUCGUAGCGUCUAACUUUACGUUAAAUAAACAAAACCAAA